AUUCGCUACAAGGAGGAGUUUGAGAAGAACAAGGGGAAAGGCUUCAGCGUUGUGGCUGACACCCCGGAGCUGCAGAGAAUCAAAAAGACUCAGGAUCAGAUCAGCAACCAGCACCAGCCGCCUCAUCACGUCCAACCCAGCAACGCGGGUACGCAGCAGCAGCCGCCGUCGUCUCAGUCCUACAGCUACAAGGAGCCCGCGGCACCAGCCUCUACACAGCGCAAUGCUCCUUCUGGAGGGGGGAAGCGUUUCCGCGCCGUCUACGAUUACAACGCUGCCGACGAGGACGAGGUCUCUUUCCAGGACGGCGACACCAUCAUCAACGUGCAGCAGAUCGACGACGGGUGGAUGUACGGCACGGUGGAGCGCACGGGCGACACGGGCAUGCUCCCCGCCAACUACGUGGAGGCUAUCUGA